CAUCCCAGUAUUUUUGGAUCGUACAGUCUGUGUAGCUCCCGAAUCUCUAUAUUGGAUGUGCUUCAACUUCUUGGUUUAGUAUCUAAGGUCUGCCUUACACAGAUGAUGUUUACCUGAGCUUCUCUGUAUUGGGAAAGUGUUCUACCUUGUGUCGCUAGACUCAGGACCUACUGCAGCUCUGUGAUUGCUGAUCUGUGCUUGACUGCCCCAAGGGGUCCUGGCAAGAUGGCAUCUUCCAUACUUCCCUUCCUUCUAGCAUUGGCAUUUUCUUCUUUGUCCUUUGUUCUCUCCCAUUCAAACAAGGAGAUGUGGUUUCAGGAUUUCUUUCCACCUAAUGUGUGCCCUAUAGAUGCCAAAGCAAACACUUUUUACGGCAUAAUGUUUGAUGCAGGAAGCACUGGAACCCGUAUUCACAUUUACACUUUUGUGCAGAAGAGCCCAGAAAACCUUCCAGAGUUGGAAGGGGAAAUCUUUGAGUCUGUGAAGCCAGGUCUUUCUGCAUAUGCUGAUCAGCCUGAAAAGGGUGCUGAAACCGUCAAAAGAUUGCUGGACAUGGCCAUAGAUGCUGUGCCACCUCAUCUCUGGAAGAAGACCCCGGUAGUGUUAAAAGCCACAGCUGGAUUGCGCUUGCUGUCGGAGGAGAAAGCUCAGGCUCUGCUUUUAGAGGUGAGAGAAGUGUUUCAGGAAUCACCAUUUCUUGUACCAGAGGACAGCGUUAGCAUUAUGGAUGGAUCUUAUGAAGGAGUUUUAGCCUGGAUCACUGUGAACUUUUUGACAGGGCAGCUGUCUGGCCAGAACCAGCAUACUGUUGGGACUCUGGACUUGGGAGGAGCCUCAACCCAGAUCACAUUCCUGCCACGGUUUGAGGAAACUUUGAAGGAAACCCCUGGAGAUUUUCUUACCUCGUUUGAAAUGUUUAAUAGCACCUACAAGCUCUAUACACACAGCUAUUUGGGGUUUGGACUAAAAGCUGCCAGACUAGCAACGCUUGGAGCUUUGAAUGUGGAAGCUGUGGAUGGACAAAUGUUCCGCAGUUCUUGUUUGCCAAAGCAGCUGGAGGCAGAGUGGCACUUCGGGGGAGUGAAAUACCGGUAUGGUGGCAACAAAGAAGGAGAAACAGGAUUCAAGCCUUGCUACUUGGAAGUGCUCAAGGUUGUCAAAGGGAAACUGCACCAACCAGAUGAGAUUCGUGGAAGUUCCUUCUAUGCUUUCUCCUAUUACUAUGAUCGUGCAGUUGACACCAACCUAAUUGAUUAUGAAGAAGGAGGUGUUCUGGAAGUGAAAGAUUUUGAAAGAAAAGCCAAAGAAGUCUGUGAUAACAUGGAGAGGUACAACUCAGCCAGCCCUUUCCUCUGCAUGGAUCUCACUUACAUCGCUGCUUUACUAAAGGAAGGUUUUGGAUUUAGGGACAACACACUCUUACAGUUAACAAAGAAAGUGAACAACAUAGAGACAAGCUGGACUUUGGGUGCUACUUUUCACCUUCUGCAGUCUCUGGGGAUAACCUAUUGAGCUGUGACAUUCCUGUGGACUCCAGCAUUUCUGAAAGGCUGAGAAAGCAAAUUGAUAUCUCCAGGUAUGUUGUUCAGCUGGAGUUGGUCACAGAGCAAAACAUGGACCAAAGCUACGAACAGAUCUUCACCCAGGAUUGGCAUCGUGCAUAAUGAGAGUUGCCACAGUAUGAUUUAUAAUUGUGAUUGCCAUAAAUGAUCCAGAAGCUGCCUUCUGAAAGUCAAAAGGCCUAAACUCCAGCAGAGUGUCCACAAGGGGCUCAAAGCCAGCUUUCACCAGCACGUUUGUAUAGCAUCCCAGUGCCAGAAGCACAGAGUAUCUGGCAAGUGGUGAUAGACUACAGACACGUGAUUUCCCCUCCUCCUUUUAUUUUAAACAUAC